AUGCUUGUAGCCGGCGCGAUGGCCGAUUACGACGGAGGUUACAGCACGGACUUCGGUAACCAGCUUAGCGGAGGAUACAGCGGAGGUGGGUACUCCGACGGAGGCGGCCACUCUGGAGGAACCGGAUACUCAGGAGGUGGUGGAUACUCCGACGGAGGUGGUCACUCUGGAGGAACCGGAUACACCGGAGGCAGUGAUUACUCUGGCGGCGGAGGUUAUUCUGGAGGCAGCGGUUACUCUGGAGACGGUGGACAUACAGGAGGAAACGGACUCGGAGGACACGAGGAAGACCACCAUCAGGCUCAUCCCUAUGAGUUCGGUUAUGCAGUAAAAGACCCUCACCACGGAACAGACUUCGGACAGCAAGAGAGUUCGGACGGACACAACGUCAAAGGAAGCUACAGGGUCGUCCUACCCGACGGCAGGACACAGAUCGUCACCUAUCACGCUGACUGGAAAACCGGAUUCCACGCCGACGUGAGGUACGAAGGAACGGCAACGUACCCAGAACCACAGCACCAAGGUGGCGGAAACGGAGGUGGAAACGGAGGUUACGGAUACCCAUCGCAGGAUCUCGGAGGACAAGACUAUACAGCGCAGGACCAUGGAUUCUCAGGAUACUCAAGAUAG